AUGGGGACUUCCUUACAGAAUGAUAUGAGCAGCCUUAUCACCGAAAGCUCUUGCUUGAAGCUCAAUCCUACCUCUCCUCCUCUGGAUGAAACCAAGAAAACUCCACCACCACCACUUCCUCCAUCUGCCCUUAAGAUGGAGGACAUGGAAAUCCAAUCUCCUGACUUGUGGGAGUCAUUCUUUUCCGAGCAACUGCAGGAGACAGACUUUAUGAUCUCCUCUCCUGUCCCUUGUUCGAAUUUCAACUAUUACCCUUCUCCUCUAGCACCAUUUAAUAACAAUACAAAACCGAAAGGAAUGAGUCCCCUCCAACGGGUGUUUAGCAACUCCCCCAAUAAUCAUGAGUUCAUGCAAGUCGAGACAAUUUCUUUACCGGCUCUCGAGAAUUUCUUGGACGAUCUCGAGGGAGACGAUGAUUACCUAUCCUACUCCACCUCUGGUGUUGGUGUUGGUGUUGGUGUUGGUGUUGUCGAUGAUCAGUCAUACACCAUCCCAGCAUUAUUGGACUGCUUAACGACGUUGCCCAGCCCUUCUAGGUUUUUUGGUGAGGCCACCACAUCCAACACAAACAACAACGAUCAGAUCAUGUAUCAUCAACCGCGGCCUGCAAUUUCAAACGCACCGUUGCUGGAACAACUCGAGCAAGAGCGGCGAGAGGAGAAACAACACCGCCAACAACAUAGACAGCAGUUGUCGUCGUCGCCACUACAACCUCAACCAAUCAACCAUAACCACCUCAUGGUGCCUCCUCCAGUUGGCGCUGAGGAGCAUGACAGUGGACUUCAACUUGUUCAUCUUCUUCUAGCAUGUGCAGAAGCAGUGGCCAAAGAGGAUUUCAUGUCAGCGAGAAGGUACCUUCAUCACCUCAACCGUGUCGUCUCCCCGCUCGGUGAUUCCAUGCAACGUGUUGCCUCUUGCUUCACAGAGGCCCUUACGGCGCGUCUUGCUGCCACGCUGACCACAAAACCAGCCUCCUCCACCCCAAAACCACCAUUCACUCCUUUUCCUCCCAAUGCACUAGAGAUCCUCAAGUUCUAUCAAAUCGUCUACCAAGCUUGUCCUUACAUUAAGUUUGCCCACUUCACUGCUAACCAAGCCAUAUUUGAGGCAUUUGAGGCGGAAGAACGUGUCCAUGUCAUCGACCUUGAUAUCCUCCAAGGUUACCAGUGGCCUGCUUUCAUGCAAGCACUUGCAGCGAGGCCCGGAGGACCACCGUUUCUACGGAUCACUGGUAUUGGCUCGUCUCCAGAAUCUGUAAGGGAAACCGGAAGGUGUUUGUCAGAACUUGCCCACUCUCUCCAUGUACCAUUUGAGUUCCACCCGGUUGGAGAACAAUUGGAAGACCUAGAACCACACAUGUUUAACCGAAGGGUUGGAGAAGCCCUGGCAGUCAACUCAGUAAACCGGCUUCAGCGGGUCCCAGGUCAUUGCCUAGGAAAUUUAUUAGCAAUGAUCCGAGACCAAGCCCCAAAUAUUGUGACAAUCGUGGAGCAAGAAGCAAGCCAUAACGGGCCUUACUUCUUGGGUCGAUUCUUAGAAGCACUACACUACUACUCGGCGAUCUUCGACUCACUUGAUGCAACUUUUCCGGCAGACUCCCCCCAGAGGGCAAAGGUAGAGCAAUAUAUAUUUGCCCCGGAGAUAAGGAACAUAGUUGCAUGCGAAGGGGCGGAGAGAGUGAUGAGACAUGAGAGGUUAGAGAAAUGGAGGAAGAUCAUGGAGGGAAAAGGGUUUCAAGGGGUUCCUCUGAGUGAAAACGCAGUCACACAGUCAAAAAUUUUACUUAGUUUAUACUCGUGUGAUGGUUACAGAUUGACAGAAGAUAAAGGUUGUUUGCUCUUAGGAUGGCAAGAUAGAUCAAUUCUUGCUGCUUCUGCUUGGAGAUGCUGA